UUCGUUGCCAAACCACACAAAGUCACCAUCUUCAGGCCGAGCCACAGAGACGAAGAUACGUGGACCAACACGAACAAUCGAUCCAGUUUCUCUAUAAAACCGAGCAUUGUUCUUUUUCACGGGUUGAAAAAGACGUCGAUCAAUUACCGUUUUUGCAACUCUAAGAUAAAAACUUCAUAUCAACACCAACCACCAUCAUCAUGAAGGUUCAAGUCGCUUCCGCCGCCGGUCUCCUCUUGGCUGGCCAGGCUCUUGCCGCUCCCCGUGUCAUCCACGAAACCCGUGAUGUGAAGACCGCGGCGGCCAUCAUCGCCGAGGUCGCACCCAGCACCGUAGACUGUGCUGCCGGGGGCGAGUGCGUCAAGUCCGACGUCAUUGGUCCUCUAAUGGUGCAAGCUAUGCAGCAGUACGGCAUCUACAACCCGGCUCAGAUGGCCGGUAUCAUCGCGCUCACGGCAUUCGAGUCCGUCGAGUACACUUUCAAGCACAACGUCUCUCCCGGCCGUCCCGGCCAGGGUACCUCGAACAUGCAGAUGUUCAACUUCAACCUCAAGUACGCGCAAUCCAUUCCGGAGCUCGCGGACCAGGUUGCCGGCGUCAGCGAGGACGCCCCCGACGACAAGAAGAACGAGGUCCUCGCGCUCGUCAACGACAACAAGUACAACUUCGGCAGCGGCCCUUGGUACUUCAGCACCCAGUGCGCCUCCGAUGUCCAGGAAGCCCUCAAGGCGGGCGACGACGCCGGCUUCGCGGCCUACAUGGGCUGCGUCGGUGUCACCAUCGACGCCAAGCGACAGAGCUACUGGGACGCCGCCAGGAAGGCUUUCGGCCUCAUGUAAGCGUGCCAUCAGCCGCUUACUUGACACUAUGCCAUGCAGGAAUGAUGUAUGAGGCAUUGAAGUUGUCAGAUCAUACGGGCGUUUUGGGCAUUGCUUUCUUGCAUCAUCAUAGCAUCUAGUGGGGGGAAAUAGCGACGUUGCUC